CAACAGAAGCUGUCUCACUGUCUCGUCAAACAAAGUGCCCAGGCGACAUACGCCACCACUUUUACCACCACCACAUCUACUGCAAAGAUCGGUGCUCUAGCUUGAAACCACCCACCCUCCUACUGCUCUUCAAUCAUAGCAGUUUUUCAAUCAUCGCCAGACGCAAGGUUGCAUUCCAACAGAAUCGAUUACGGCCACGACGAAAACUGCAAUGCUGCCCCCAGAAGGUCAGCUGAGCUCUGGCCGGAAAGGUGCGCUGGCGGCCCUUUGGUAUGAGGUGGGCCUGCUGGAGCGAUUGCUGUAUAAGAACAAGAAUCAGCACCGGCACACACUGCACUUUCAGCGGCUGCAGCAGGUGCACCGCAUACUCAUGAUUGUCCGGAGGUCGUCUAUAGCCACACCCGCAUUAGAGGGGCUGUUGGGACCGAAAAGCGACGGCGCUGCGCUUACAUGGUUGGGCUCUCGCGAUCCGCAACGUGGCCUUGGAAUCCUCAGGCUUUUAGAACAGCUCCUGUCAGCCAUCGAGGCCGCGAGCAAGGCCCUGGGUGCGCUCCUCGCCCAGAGCUUUUUCAUGCCCUUCGCCCUCACCGUGCUCGCCUGCCUGGCGCGCAUUCACACCAUUGCCUCUCAGGCGGCUGAGAGAUUCAAGGGGCGCGGUGACACGGCAACUGGCGAGCUCGAAGCGGCAAGGGAUUCAACUGCGCCUUUUACUGCACGCAAUCUCGAUCCACAGCUUUCCUCGGGCACUCCUCCUCCCGUUCAGCCCCUUCGACCAGAAGGCCCUGUUCACCCAGUAAGAGAAGCCCUGCAAGCCGCUGUUGUUCCAGAGCGCUAUGAAAUUGUGCCCGAAACGGGGCCCCCAGGCUUUUCCGUACCUCCUUUCGACAUCAGGGGAGUUGACGAGACGGGAGCAGACGAAGGGGUGCUGGAAAGCCCACCGGCAAAGCGGGUCAGGUUAAGCGACGAAGAAAGAGGGUUAGUUGUACUACCAGGAGGCGUAAACGUACUGUCUCAAGAAGGGACUGCACAAGAGCAUGGGAUUGUGAGCAGCACUGCGGGAGGGUUACCAUUAGAAACCGGGAAGGUCCCUCCCAUUGGCAACGAGGAGGUUCUUAAAAGCGAAACAAGUAUAAACCCGGUUAGUCAAACGGCGAAAGCGGACGAAUUUGAGAGGAAGAAGCGGGCUGCAGCCUGGUUAGAGGAUCUGGGAUUGGAAGCGCGUACUCCGACCAAGAACACAUUGCAGAUUGAGAAGACGUUUUCCGGGCCGCAGGAACAUCGAAAAAGCGGACCGUUGCAAGGAUCCGUCACCAAAGACGCGUCGAAACUUAGAAAUUUAGCUAGCGACUUGCUUGCAGGCACGGAUUUUGAAGGGUUUGGGGGAUCAGAAAGUGUUGAAAAACGUGGGAAGAAGAAAUUGAGAAGGAACAGGGCUUGAUUGUCUGCAAAAUUAUCCAUGUCGAACAUCAAGGCUCUCACAACGCUCAAAGCUUGCUGACCGGCCUUGGUCUCAGCGGUCAGCAUGUCAAGAUGUUCUUUUCGUUCGCCGGGGACCGAUACUGCGAUAGAGACGAAAUCUGGCCCCCUUAGGAGGUUAUGCGAGUUUCAGUAAUCCAUUGUAUUCCAGGCUCGUAUGAAAGCUUGAUUCGACUUGACACUAGGGUCUGUAUAGUAGAACCGUGAAGUUGGGGAGCAUUAUUCUAAAUCACACGUACACGUCGAUUGUAACCGUCCAUUAUCCAAACGAGGCUGGCGCCGGGUACUAAGAGUCAUGUCGGAGGCCCUUCGGAUAUUGUGCUUUUUAAAAAAUGUAGAGC